AUGACUGAUGUUAUACCAACAAACAAUAAAACAAGUAUCACAGCUUCUGUUGGUGAUUCUGUUACUGUAUCUUUUGACGUGACAGGAUCUGGUAAUCACAUUUGGAGGAAGGAUGGUGCCCAGCUAGAUAACUACGAGAACCUUUAUGAUGAUUCAAGCUUAACUUUCAAUAGUGUGAGCGUUGAAGAUGGCGGAAUUUAUGAACUUUACUUACAGGGACAAAGGGAUGACUACAAUCAUUCAUUUAUUGAACUUCUUGUGAGAGGCUGUCCUGCUGGCCGAUGGGAUGCACCUCGAUGUACAGGUGUUUGUAAUAAUUGUUAUAAUGGUGGUGUAUGUGAUGAUGAGACAGGGAAAUGUAUUUGUCCACCAGGGUUUCAAGGAGAAAACUGUAUGACAACUUGUGGCGGUAAUAGAUUUGGAAUUACCUGUCAAAUUAGAUGUACACGAAACGAAGCUGAUCCCAAAGACACAUGUAAAGGCAAUCAAUUUUGCUUACCUAAUCCAUAUGGAUGUGACUGUGUAACAGGUUAUACUGGUCUUUAUUGUUUAACAGAAUGUGACUCUGGCAAAUUUGGUGCAGGUUGCAGUCAGGAAUGCCACUGUUUGUCAGGAGGAUGUAACCGUUAUACUGGAGAGUGUACCGGUGGUUGUGCAUCUGGAUGGACUGGAAGCAACUGCCAAAUUCCAAGCAAUUGCCCUGUUGGCUAUUUUGGAUCAGCUUGUACAUUGAUUUGUCAUUGCCAUGAUAAUAAGGAAUGUAUUAGGGAUACUGGUGUGUGUAGUAAUGGAAAGUGUGCAAUAGGGUACAAUACAAAUGACAAUUCUGUUUGUGAAGCCUGCCAACCUGAGAGCUAUGGUGAAAACUGUGCUUUGACUUGCAAUUGUGAUUCUGACUCUUGUCACCAUGAAACUGGAUGUAAUGGCGGUUGCCGUAGUAAUUGGUUGUUAAACACCUGCACUACAGGAAUAAUUUCAAUUUCUAACACAAAAGUUAAUCCAGGUCAGAUGUCCACAUUUCAAUGUGACAUUCAAGGUGAUGUAACUGGCACUACCAUUCAGUUCCUUAUUGAUAGUCAACCUGCUGCACAAACUGGACGCACAGAAUCAAAUGGAGUUACAACAGUUUCAUUUACCGGUGAAGCAAAUCCUGAUGCUGCAUAUGUUUGCCAACUUACUAAGGAUUCUUAUAUGGCAAGUGAAACUCAUUCACUUACUACCUAUGUAUUACCAACAUACAAUGAAAAACCAGCCGCAGAGACGAUUACUGGAUCUUCAGUGAAAUUGAGGUGGAGGGAAUGGAGUACCAUCAGUGGAGAUAGUGGUGAUCCUCCCAUUAUUGGAUAUGUUGUAUAUUACAAACAAAAAUAUCUAUCAUCUGAGCCCUUUAGGCGAGCAUUCCAGAAACAUAUAAAUUUGCUAUAG